AUGUGGUCAAGCCGUACAGCAGAGCCCUAUCAAAGUCUGACGGUGCAUUACAUUACCGAAGACCUCCACCUCGAUGCUCGCAGCCUACAAACGGCCUACUUCCCCGAAGACCACACAGGGGAAAACAUUGCUGCUGGCCUGAGAGAGGGGCUUGUGUGUUGGGAUCUCCCUGAAGACAACCUUGUCUGCAUAACGACGGACAACGCGUCAAAUAUGGUGAAAGCAGCACAGCUGAACGAAUGGACCAGGCUCCAGUGUUUCGGACACAGAUUACAUCUUGCUAUUGAAAAUGCAAUCAAGGAUGGUAGAGUAUCAAGAGCAAUUGGGCUGUGCAAGACGUUGGUGGGGCACUUCUCACACAGUUGGAAGAAAAAGGCAGCACUCACUGAGGCACAGAAGGAGCUUAAGCUUCCUGAGCACUCUCUCAUUACUGAGUGCCCUACAAGAUGGGGGUCCAAAGAGAAAAUGCUUGCCAGUGUGCUGGAACAGAUGAAAGCCAUAUCGCAGGUAUUGACAGGUGACCAACAUGCACACUCCCUCAUCCCAACCUGGCAGGAUGCCGAAGUGUUGGAGUCCAUUCAUAAGGCACUGCAUCCUCUCUCUGAAUUUACUGAUGCUCUUUCUGGAGAAGAGUAUGUGAGCAUCUCCUACCUCAAGCCAUUUCUCCAUCUUCUGGCAACAUCAGUCUUGGCUGAAGAUGAUGAGGACACUGAUCUGACUAGAUCAAUUAAAACCAAGGUCCUGGCAUACCUCAACGACAAGUAUAGUGACCUCAACACCCAGGAGCUUUUGGAUGUUGCGUCGUUCAUGGACCCUAGGUUCAAUACGCAAUACAUCAGCGGAGACAACCUUCCUGCCAUUAAGGCCCGACUGAAGACAGAAAUGGUGGAAUCGGCUAGACGUACACAUAAUCAGGAGAAGAGGUCUCGCACUGAAACUGCUCAAAAUUCUCCAAGUGCACAGGCCUCUGGGGGAAAGGCAAAGAAAACUCUUGGUAGUCUUUUUAAAACCAGUGCGGCCUCUUCAGCUUUGCCUCUGCCACUUGAAGAUGUCGUGGAGGCAGAGUUGAAUAGUUACCUGUUGACCCCUGUCAUUGACGGAGAGGAUGAUCCCUUAGCCAGGUGGAAGGUGCACAACAUUCACUUUCCACGACUGUGCAAGAUGGCCCGCAAAUAUCUGUGUGUGCCAGCCACAAGUGCCCCCUCAGAGCGUCUGUUCAGCACUGGAGGGAAUAUAGUGACCUGCACUCGCUCAUCCUUAAAGCCAGCAAAAGUAGAUAUGCUGGUCUUCCUAGCAAAAAACCUGUGA